GGCGGCGGGCGCAGCUAGCAGGUUGGCUGCGGAGCGGGGGUGCAGCGCGCUUUGCCCCCGUACCCCUCCCCCUCGGACGCAGCCCCACCCCUCCGCCCGCCCGGCCGUCCCAGCCGAACUAUCCCCUGCGGCGCCAGCGCGGGGCGGCUCCGGGCGCCCCCAGCAGACCCCCAUCAUGGGCAGCCAGAGCUCCAAGGCUCCCCGGGGCGACGUGACCGCCGAGGAGGCAGCGGGCACUUCCCCCGCGAAGGCCAACGGACAGGAGAAUGGCCAUGUGAAAAGCAAUGGAGACUUAACCCCCAAGGGUGAAGGGGAGUCACCACCCGUGAACGGAACAGAUGAGGCAGCUGGGGCUACUGGCGACGCCAUCGAGCCAGCGCCCCCUAGCCAGGAAGCUGAGGCCAAGGGGGAGGUCGCCCCCAAGGAGACCCCCAAGAAGAAGAAGAAAUUCUCGUUCAAGAAGCCUUUCAAAUUGAGUGGCUUGUCCUUCAAGAGAAAUCGGAAGGAGGGUGGGGGUGAUUCUUCGGCCUCCUCACCGACAGAGGAAGAGCAGGAGCAGGGGGAGAUCAGCGCCUGCAGCGAAGAGGGCACUGCCCAAGAAGGGAAGGCCGCCGCCACCCCUGAAAGCCAAGAGCCCCAGGCCAAGGGGGCAGAGGCUAGUGCAGCCUCCAAGGGAGGAGACACGGAAGAGGAGGCAGGGCCCCAGGCUGCAGAGCCAUCCACUCCCUCGGGGCCCGAGAGUGGCCCUGCAGCAGCGAGCGCUGAGCAGAAUGAGUAGCUGGGUGGGGGCAGGUGGGUGAUCUCCUAAGCUGCAAAAACUGUGCUGUCCUUGUGAGGUCACUGCCUGGACCUGGUGCCCUGGCUGCCUUCCUGUGCCCAGAAAGGAAGGGGCUUGUUGCCCCCUCCCAGCCACGUUCCCUCCCUCCUGUGGAUUCUCCCAUCAGCCAUCUGGUCUUACUCUUAAGGCCAGUUGAAGAUGGCCCCUUACGGUUUCCCAAGUUAGGUUAGUGAUGUGAAAUGCUCCUGUCCCUACCUCCUACCCAGGCCCCACCCCUGCAGAAGGCAAUUGCUGGCUUUUCUCCCAAUUCUUUUCCAAGUACUUUUUGUUUGUUUAUUCUACUUCCGAAGCCCCUGAGCCAGAAGUGGGGGCUUAUACUCCCAAACCCUGAGUGUCCAGCCUUUUCCCUGUUGAGUUUUUAGUCUCUUGUGCUGUGCCUAGUGGCACCUGGGCUGGGGAGGACAUUGCCCCUGUCUGGGUUUUAUAACUGUCUUACUCAAGUUCAAACCUCCAGCUUGUGAAUCAACCGCCUGACUUGAUAGGAGGAAGCUAUGUGACGUGAAACAACUUUUUGUUGUCUUUUCCCUUUCCAUCGUUGUAAAUAACUUUUAAUGGCCAAACCCCAGAUUUGUACUUUUUUUUUUCUAACUGCUAAAACCAUUCUCUUCCACCUGGAUUUACUGUAACAUUUGGAAAAGGAAUAAAUGUUGUCCCUUUAGUGGUGA